CUGGAGCCUGGAGCUGCCCCAGCUCUCUCAGGAUUUGGCAGACAUUGGAGGUGGUGGUGAAGGAGACAGUGGUGGUCAAUGUUAUUUGAGCAGGGUCAGCAGGCCCCGGAGCUUCCUGAGUACACGAUGCAGAAGGCUGCUUACUAUGAAAGCCCAGGACUCUUUGGAGGCUAUGGCUACAGCAAAGCUGCUGACACUUACGGCUAUAGUGCCCCCCAUCAGCCUUAUCCACCCCCUGCUGCUGCCAACUCCCUGGACACUGAUUACCCGGGCUCUGCCUGCUCCAUCCAGAGCUCUGCACCUCUGCCAGCCCCAGCCCACAAGGGGGCUGAACUCAAUGGAAGCUGCAUGAGGCCUGGCACUGCGAACAGUCAGGGAGGGGGUGGUGGCAGCCAGCCUCCUGGUCUGAACUCAGAGCAGCAGCCACCACCACCCCCUCCUCCCCCACCAGCCCUGCCCCCAUCCUCGCCCACCAACCCUGGAGGUGGAGUACCUGCCAAGAAGGCCAAGGGUGGGCCCACUGCUUCUGGCUCCUCAGCCACCAUCAGCAAGCAGAUCUUUCCCUGGAUGAAAGAGUCCCGACAGAACUCCAAGCAGAAGAACAGCUGUGCCACUGCAGGAGAGAGCUGCGAGGACAAGAGCCCACCGGGCCCAGCGUCCAAGCGGGUGCGCACGGCGUACACAAGUGCACAGCUGGUGGAGCUGGAGAAGGAAUUCCACUUCAACCGCUACUUGUGCCGGCCACGCCGCGUGGAGAUGGCCAACCUGCUGAUCCUCACCGAGCGGCAGAUCAAGAUCUGGUUCCAGAACCGGCGCAUGAAGUACAAGAAGGACCAGAAGGCCAAGGGUAUCCUGCACUCGCCGGCCGGUCAGUCCCCGGAGCGCAGCCCGCCGCUCGGCGGCGCCGCGGGCCACGUGGCCUACUCGGGCCAGCUGCCACCGGUGCCCGGCUUGGCCUACGACGCGCCUUCGCCGCCCGCCUUCGCCAAAUCUCAGCCCAACAUGUACGGCCUGGCUGCCUACACGGCGCCGCUCAGCAGCUGCCUGCCGCAGCAGAAGCGCUACGCGGCGCCCGAAUUCGAGCCCCACCCCAUGGCGAGCAACGGCGGCGGCUUCGCCAGCGCCAACCUGCAGGGCAGCCCGGUGUACGUGGGCGGCAACUUCGUCGACUCCAUGGCGCCCGCAUCCGGGCCCGUCUUCAACCUGGGCCACCUCUCGCACCCAUCUUCAGCCAGCGUGGACUACAGUUGCGCCGCGCAGAUUCCCGGCAAUCACCACCACGGACCGUGUGACCCUCAUCCCACCUACACAGAUCUCUCGGCCCACCACUCGUCUCAGGGACGCCUGCCCGAGGCCCCCAAACUGACGCAUCUGUAGCGGCGGCCACCGGCCCGAACUCGCGGCGCGAUUACCUCUUUUGCUUGGGUGGCGGGGGUGGCGGGCGGGGCCCGCGGGGCAGCUCGGUGGCCCCCUCCCUCGCUCUGGCCCGGUCGCUGUCUUCCGGUCUCGGGCCAACAGCGGCCGAGGCGCAGGCGUCUGGGCCUCCUCUCCAGGCUCGCCCUGCUUUGGGUGACUCGCCAUAAGUCAGCCGCAAGGAUUCUCCUCUGUAAGCCUGACAGUGCCACAUAACUGCGGACCGAGGGACUCUAAUCUGGUAAUGGUGUCCCGAAGGUAAGUCUGAGAUCCAUCGGCGGCGCGCCCUGCAGAGGGUCCAGAACCCGGAGAGUCCGGGCAUGGCCCGCGUCUAGUUUAGUUGCGGAGACCUUAAUUUAUAUGCUUCUUCCCGCCCCGUAAGGAUUGCAUCGGACUCAACGAUCUGUAUUUAUUAUUUGAAGCGAGUCAUUUCGUUUUCCUGAUUAUUUAUCCUCGUCUUAAUGUAUUUAUGUGUAUAUCUGUAGAAUUCUCCAGCCGAGCUUAGGAACGCGCUCCCAGGCCGCGGGGGCCACAUUUCACCUCUUUAGUCCCCUUGGUUUGAACUAGUUGAGAGAGUAGUUUUGAACAGUUGUAACCGUGGCUGGUGUGUGUAGUUGAUGUAAAGGAUUAAGACCGCAAAUUGUCCUUCACGGGUAGAGUCAGGCAGCCCCAUGGCGAGGCAUGACACCCGUUAUUCUCUUCCCGAUAGCCACAGCCCUCGCCACUCGACACAGUUUAUUGAUUUCAAAUUGUCUGGUACUAUUUGAACAAAUAUUUAGAAUAAAAAAAUUUCUCAGUC